AUGGAUGAGCAGAGAUAUCUCUACGUACCUGACUGGAUAAAACAUGAAGUACGACGAUAUCAAUUGGGUGAGAAGAAUUACACUCUCGUGGCUGGUGGUAAUGGAAAAGGUAAUGAUACCAAUCAAGUCAGCUUGCCGAGAUAUGUCUUUGUCGAUCGACAACAAAGUGUCUACAUAUCAGACAGAGACAAUCAUCGUGUAAUGAAAUGGAAUAAAGGUGCAAAAGAAGGAAUUGUGGUCGCUGGAGGACAAGGCUACGGGAAUGCUUUGGCACAUUUGAAUGGUCCUUAUGGAAUCUUCGUUGAUACGU